CUCCCCCAACACCGUGUGCCGCUCACUCACUGACAGCCUGCCGCCGGCGCUGGUCCGCCACCGCUCGCCACGGUCGCGGUACUCGCGAAGCGUCACGUCGUCAGGGAACAGGAAAGCAAGGGCACACUCCCACUCCCGCGCGCCGCGGCCGGCCGGCGGCGGCGGCCAUGGCGGAGCUGCGGCACUCGACGGCGGCGCGCGCGUCCAACUCCCCCGCCAAGCGCGACUCCGACGCCUCCGCCGCGUCGUCCCCGUUCCUCGCCUCCCCCUCCGCCCGCGGCAGCCGCGGCGGGGGCGGCGACGGCGACGGCGACGACGGCAAGGACGCCCACCGCUCGUCCCCUCUCCUCCCGCACCAACACCACAAGCGCGUCCACCUGCUGACGUCCCCGUUCCGCUCCCUCCUCGCCCUCGAGGACCUCAGGUCCCCCGCCGCCUCGUCCUCCUACCGGAUCCUGCUCGCCCUCCUCCUCGCCGCUGGGAUCUUCUGCGCACCCUUGCUUUGGUCCCGCCUCAACACGCCUUACUUGUGCCACAAGGAGGGGAUCACGCUUCAUUGCCCUGAGACGAAGGAACCCCUCUCGCUAUGGGAGAAUCCACGUGCAGCCACUACAUCUUGGAAGCCCUGUGCAGAGCGACGCAGUGAUGAGCCCUCAGAUGUCCCGUCUGAGAAAGAAACCUCUGGGUAUAUUUUUAUUCAUGCCGAAGGAGGACUAAAUCAGCAACGCAUAGCUAUAUGUAAUGCUGUUGCUAUUGCUAAGAUAAUGAGUGCGACACUUAUUUUGCCAGUUUUGAAGCAGGAUCAGAUAUGGAAAGACCAAACGAAAUUUGAAGAUAUCUUUGAUGUCGAACAUUUUAUAAACUAUUUGAAGGAUGAUGUACGCAUUGUCCGAGACAUCCCAGACUGGUUCACAGAAAAAGAUGAGCUUUUCACCAGCAUAAAGCGAACUGUGAAGAACAUUCCAAAAUAUGCAUCUGCCCAAUUCUAUAUUGAUAAUGUACUUCCAAGGAUUAAAGAGAAAAAGAUAAUGUCCAUUAAGCCAUUUGUCGACAGGUUGGGGUACGAUAAUGUUCCAAUGGAGAUUAACCGGCUAAGAUGUAGAGUCAACUACCAUGCUCUAAAGUUCCUACCUCAUAUUGAAGAGAUGGCUGAUAAGCUUGCGGCAAGGAUGAGGAACAGAACUGGCAGUGUAAAUCCAUACAUGGCUCUUCAUCUGAGGUUUGAGAAAGGGAUGGUGGGCCUUUCGUUCUGUGACUUUGCUGGCACACGGGAGGAGAAGGAUAUGAUGGCUGCUUACAGACAGAAAGAAUGGCCAAGGCGCUACAAGAAUGGAUCCCAUCUAUGGCCGCUGGCGCUUCAGAAGAGAAAAGAAGGGCGCUGCCCACUUGAGCCCGGUGAGAUUGCUGUGAUCCUCCGUGCACUGGGAUACACGAGUGGAACACAGAUAUACGUUGCGUCAGGGCAAGUGUAUGGCGGCAAGAACCGGAUGGCUCCCCUCAGGAACAUGUUCCCCAACUUGGUGACGAAGGAGGAGCUGGCGAGCGCGGAGGAGAUGGCGCCGUUCCGGCGGCACGUGACGAGCCUGGCGGCGCUGGACUUCCUGGUGUGCCUGCGGUCGGACGUGUUCGUGAUGACGCACGGCGGCAACUUCGCCAAGCUCAUCAUCGGGGCGCGCCGCUACGCAGGGCACCGCCUCAAGUCGGUGAAGCCGGACAAGGGCCUCAUGUCCAAGUCCCUGGGCGACCCCGACAUGGGCUGGGCCUCCUUCGCCGAGGACGUGGUCGUCUCGCACCGCACGCGCACGGGCCUCCCCGAGCCCACCUUCCCCAGCUACGAUCUCUGGGAGAACCCGCUCACGCCCUGCAUGUGUAGGGCCUGACUACUGAGCCCUGAGUUCCUGAACCAAACACCUUCUGGAGCCCUUCACCUUAUCUGGCCCAGUACUCACAAUUCACUGGCCAAGCUUUGAGCGGAGCACUCUCAUCAGCUCAGCACUUGCAAUUUCUGUAUGUUUUUUGUGGCCUAAUCUGUAGUCUCACAUAGGUCGAUCUUGCUGAAAAUGUUCCAAGAACUUGGACAGGUCGGUGAAAAGAUAAAUAUCAGUGAAAUUCUCUGAAAA